AUGGUUGAACAUAGCAGCGUACCACCCCAAUUUCUUGGUGGUAACUCAGUGGAAAAGGCAGCACAGGGAGCCGUUCGAGAUUUUGUCGUGGCUUCUGAGGGACACACAGUGAUCAGCAAAGUGCUGAUUGCCAAUAACGGCAUGGCUGCUAUGAAAGAGAUCCGAUCAGUCCGCAAAUGGGCUUAUGAGACAUUCGGUGAUGAACGCGCCAUUGAGUUCACUGUCAUGGCAACCCCUGAAGAUCUCAAGGCAAACGCAGAAUAUAUUCGUAUGGCCGACAACUACGUCGAAGUACCUGGCGGUUCCAACAACAACAACUACGCAAAUGUCGAUUUAAUUGUUGAUAUCGCAGAACGUACAGGUGUACAUGCUGUUUGGGCUGGCUGGGGCCAUGCUUCAGAAAACCCACGCUUACCUGAUAUGUUGGCAACAUCGAAAUACAAGUGUGUCUUUAUCGGUCCUCCAGCAUCUGCAAUGCGCUCUUUGGGUGACAAGAUUUCAUCAACCAUUGUCGCACAAUCCGCAAACGUACCUACCAUGGGUUGGAGUGGCGACGGUGUAACAGAUACUGUUGCGGAUGCCAAUGGACACGUAGUCGUACCCCCAGAAGCAUAUGCCAGUGCUUGUGUAAAGACAGCCGAAGAGGGUCUGGUUGCAGCAGAUAAGAUUGGCUACCCAAUCAUGAUCAAGGCUUCAGAGGGUGGUGGUGGCAAGGGUAUCCGUAAGGUCGACGGUCCCGAAACUUUCAAACAGUGCUUUGCCCAGGUUCAGGGUGAAAUCCCAGGCUCCCCCAUUUUCAUCAUGAAGUUGGCCGGUAACGCACGUCACUUGGAAGUCCAGUUGUUGGCUGAUCAGUACGGUAACGCCAUCAGUUUGUUCGGUCGUGAUUGCUCUGUCCAGCGCCGUCACCAGAAGAUUAUCGAAGAAGCACCAGUAACAAUCGCCAAGCCCGACGUCUUUGAGCAGAUGGAAAAGGCUGCAGUCCGUCUCGCCAAAUUGGUCGGUUACGUGUCUGCAGGUACUGUCGAGUACCUCUACAGCCACCACGACGAGCAGUUCUACUUCCUCGAAUUGAACCCCCGUCUCCAGGUCGAGCAUCCUACAACUGAAAUGGUCUCAGGCGUCAACCUGCCUGCUGCCCAGCUCCAGAUUGCAAUGGGUAUCCCUCUCCACAGAAUCAAGGAUAUCCGUGUUCUCUAUGGCGUUCAGCCCAACAGUGGAUCCGAGAUCGAUUUCGAGUUCUCUAGCCCAACCUCUCUCCAGAGCACCCGUCGUCCUGUUCCCAAGGGUCACGUCAUUGCUGUCCGUAUCACAGCUGAGAACCCAGAUGCUGGCUUCAAGCCUUCUUCAGGUAUCAUGCAGGAACUUAACUUUAGAUCAAGCACAAACGUCUGGGGUUACUUUUCUGUUGUAUCUGCCGGUGGUCUGCACGAGUAUGCCGAUUCUCAGUUCGGUCACAUCUUCGCCUAUGGUGAAAACCGUCAGCAGGCUCGCAAAAACAUGGUUAUUGCACUCAAAGAGCUUUCUAUCCGUGGUGACUUUAGAACAACUGUUGAGUACAUUAUCCGUCUUUUGGAGACCCCCGAUUUCGAGGAGAACACAAUCAACACCGGAUGGCUCGAUAUGCUGAUCACCAAGAAGCUCACCGCAGAACGUCCCGAUUGUAUGCUCGCAGUCUUCUGUGGUGCCGUCACAAAAGCCCAUUCCGCUUCCCAAGAAUGCUGGCAGCAGUACAAGCAGUGUCUCGAGAAGGGUCAGGUCCCAGGAAAGGGCACUCUCAAGACUGUAUUCUCGGUUGAUUUCAUCUACGAGAACGUCCGCUACAACUUCACCGUCACUCACUCGGCACCCUCCAUCUACACCCUUUACCUUAACGGCACAAAGACCCAGGUCGGCGUUAGAGACCUUUCUGAUGGCGGUUUGCUUGUAUCUAUCGGCGGAAAGUCCCACACCACAUACUCUCGUGAAGAAGUCCAGGCCACUCGUCUCAUGAUCGAUGGCAAGACCUGUCUUCUUGAGAAGGAGAGCGACCCCACUCAGCUUAGAAGUCCUUCGCCCGGUAAGCUUGUCAGUCUGUUGUUGGAGAACGGUGAUCACGUCAAGGCCGGUGAGGCCUAUGCAGAGAUUGAGGUCAUGAAGAUGUACAUGCCCCUUGUGGCUGGUGAGGACGGCCACAUUCAGUUUAUCAAGCAGGUCGGUGCUACCCUCGAGGCUGGUGAUAUCAUCGGUAUUCUGUCUUUGGAUGAUCCCAGCCGUGUCAAGCACGCCCUGCCCUUCACUGGCCAGGUUCCCGUCUUUGGCCCCCCUUAUAUCAGCGGUGACAAGCCUAUCCAGCGUUUCCAAGACACCAAGCACAUCCUCGAGUACAUCCUCCAGGGUUAUGACAACCAGGCUCUUGCCCAAACCGUUGUCAAGGAUCUCACUGACAUCUUGCGUAACCCUGAGUUGCCUUACUCUGACAUGACCCAGACUAUGUCUGUCCUUUCUGGUCGUAUCCCCCAGCGUCUUGAACAAGCCCUCCAGGCUCUCCAGGCCUCUAGCGCAGAGGCCAAGAAGGAGUUCCCUGCAGUCGAAUUACAGAAGAUUGUCGAGAACUUUGCUCGUGAUAACAUUACUACCCAUUCUGAAGUCAACGCUUACAAGACCGCUACUGAGCCAUUGACAACCGUGUUUGAGAGAUACAGCCACGGAUUGAAGCAGUACGAGUACUCUGUCUACGUUGAGCUCAUGGAGAAGUACUACGACGUCGAGAUUCUUUUCAGCACCCAGCAGCGUGAGGAAGAAGUCAUUCUGUCCCUCCGUGACCAGAACAAGGACGAUCUUGAGAAGAUUCUUAGCAUCAUCCUUUCCCACACCAAGGUUAACGUCAAGAACAACCUUAUCCUUAUGCUUUUGGAUAUCGUUGGUCCUGCCUCAGCCACCGGCGGUGCCAUUGACAAGUACUUUGUACCCAUUCUCAAGCGUCUUUCCGAGAUCGACAGUCGUGCUACACAAAAGGUUGCCCUCAGAGCACGUGAGUUCCUUAUUUUGUGCCAGUUGCCCUCGUACGAGGAACGCCAGGGUCAGAUGCUCCAGAUUCUCAAGAGCUCUGUAACCGAGAGUGUUUAUGGUGGCGGUGUUGAAUACAGAACCCCCAGCUUGGAUGUCUUCAAGGAUCUUAUUGACACCAAGUUCAACGUGUUCGAUGUUCUUCCUAACUUCUUUUACUAUGAUGAUCCUUAUAUUGCUCUUGCUGCUAUUGAGGUUUACUGCCGUCGUUCUUACCACGCUUACAAGAUUCUCGAUGUUGCUUAUAACCUCGAGCGUCAACCUUAUAUUGUUGCCUGGAAAUUCUUGCUCCAGACUGCCGGUCACGGUUUGAACUCUGACCAGCGUGUGGCCUCUUACUCUGACUUGACCUUCUUGUUGAACAAGACCGAGGAAGAGCCUAUCCGUACAGGUGCUAUGACUGCUUGCAAGUCACUCGAAGACCUUGAGGCUGAGCUGCCCCGUAUCCUCACCGCUUUCGAGGAAGAGCCUUUGCCUCCCAUGUUGAAGCGUUCCGGUCCCAAGGAAGAGCGCAUGGAGAACAUUCUCAAUGUAGCCGUCUACAGCGAUGUAAACAAGGAUGAUGCCUACUGGCGCCCUAAGGUUGCCGAGCUUAUCCGCCGCCACACUGCUGAAUUCCGCAAGGCUCAUUUGCGCCGUCUUUCUGUGGUCGUGUGCCGUCCCAACCAGUGGCCCGACUACUACACCUUCCGUGAGCGCGAGAACUACACUGAGGAUGAGACUAUUCGCCACAUUGAGCCUGCUAUGGCUUACCAGCUUGAACUUACUCGUUUGUCUAACUUCGAGAUCAAGCCUUGUUUCAUCGAGAACAGACAGAUGCAUGUCUACUAUGCUGUUGCCAAGGAAAACCCCUCUGACUGCCGAUUCUUUAUCCGUGCUCUCGUCCGUCCUGGCCGUGUCAAGAACUCGAUGCGCACUGCUGAUUAUCUUAUCUCUGAGAGUGACCGUCUGUUGAACGACAUUCUUGAUACUCUUGAGAUUGUUAGCCACGAAUACAAGAACUCUGACUGCAACCACUUGUUUAUCAACUUCAUCCCCACAUUUGCUAUUGAAGCUGAUGAGGUCCAGCACGCUCUUAAGGACUUUAUCGACCGCCAUGGCAAGCGUCUCUGGAAGCUCCGUGUGACAGGUGCUGAAAUCCGUUUCAACAUCCAGUCUAAGCGUCCUGAUGCUCCUAUCAUUCCUCUGCGUUUCACUGUCGACAACGUUUCUGGUUUUAUCUUGAAGAUGGAUGUCUACCAGGAAGUCAAGACCGAGAAGAACGGAUGGGUCCUCAAGUCUGUUGGCAAGAUCCCCGGUGCCAUGCACAUGCAGUCUCUUUCCACACCUUACCCUACCAAGGAGUGGCUCCAGCCUCGCCGUUACAAGGCUCAUCUUAUGGGUACUACUUACGUGUAUGACUUCCCCGAACUCUUCCGUCAGGCCCUUCACAACCAGUGGGCUCUUGCCAUCAAGAAGGACAGCAACCUCAAGUGCCCCAGCCAGGUCGUUGAAGCCAAGGAGCUUGUAUUGGACGAGGACGAGGUUCUGCAGGAGAUCGACCGCGCACCCGGAACUAACACCGUUGGUAUGGUCGCCUGGAUCCUCACCCUCCGUACACCAGAGUACCCCCGCGGUCGUCGUGUAAUUGCUAUUGCUAACGACAUCACUUUCAAGAUCGGUUCUUUCGGUGUAGAGGAAGAUACUGUCUUCUUCAAGGCUUCCGAAUUGGCUCGUGAAUUGGGUCUUCCCCGCAUCUACCUUUCUGCCAACUCUGGUGCCCGUAUCGGUCUUGCUGACGAACUCAUCGGCCAGUUCAGAGCCGCCUGGAAGGAUAAUGCCAACCCCUCUGCUGGCUUCAAGUACCUCUACCUGUCUCCCAAGGAGUACAUCUUGCUCAAGCAGACCAACCAGCUCGAGAGUGUUUUGGUUGAGGAAAUCGAAGAAGAGGGUGAGAAGCGUAUGAAGAUUACCGAUAUUAUUGGUCAGAUGGAUGGUAUUGGUGUUGAGAACUUGCGUGGAUCCGGCCGCAUUGCUGGUGCUACUUCCCGUGCUUACGAUGAUAUUUUCACCAUCACUCUUGUGACAUGUCGCUCUGUUGGUAUUGGUGCUUACCUUGUCCGUCUUGGUCAGCGUACCGUUCAGAAUGAAGGUCAGCCCAUUAUCCUCACCGGUGCUCCCGCUCUCAACAAGGUUCUUGGUCGUGAAGUCUACACUUCCAACCUCCAGUUGGGUGGUACUCAGAUCAUGUACAAGAAUGGUGUGUCUCACUUGACUGCCGAGAACGAUUUGCAGGGUAUCGAAAAGAUUGCUCAGUGGUUGUCCUAUGUUCCUGAAGUUCGUGGUGCCCCAGUCCUGAUGCGUGUUGGCCUUGACCCCGUUGACCGUGAGAUUGAGUACAUGCCCCCCAAGGGUCCAUCUGACCCCCGUCUGUUCUUGGCCGGUAAACAGGAGAACGGCAAGUGGCUCAGUGGUUUCUUUGAUCACGACUCUUUUGUUGAAACCCUGAGCGGCUGGGCUCGUACUGUUGUUGUCGGUCGUGCUCGUCUUGGUGGUAUUCCCAUGGGUGUUGUUGCUGUCGAGUCUCGUACCGUUGAGAACAUUGUUCCUGCCGAUCCUGCCAACGCAGAUUCUACCGAACAGGUCUUCAUGGAGGCUGGUGGUGUCUGGUACCCCAACUCUGCCUACAAGACUGCUCAGGCUAUUAACGAUUUCAACAAGGGUGAGCAGCUUCCUUUGAUGAUCUUUGCCAACUGGCGUGGUUUCUCUGGUGGUCAGCGUGAUAUGUACCACGAAGUUCUCAAGUAUGGUGCCCAGAUUGUUGAUGCUCUCUCCAACUACAAGCAGCCCGUUUUCGUUUACAUUAUCCCCAACGGUGAGUUGCGUGGUGGUGCUUGGGUAGUCGUUGACCCCACCAUCAAUGAGGACAUGAUGGAGAUGUAUGCCGACAACCUCGCACGUGGUGGUGUUCUUGAGCCCGAAGGUAUUGUAGAGAUCAAGUACAGAAAGCCCCAGCUUUUGGCUACCAUGGCUCGUCUUGAUGAGCGUUACGCUACUCUCAAGCGUGAGUUCGAAGAGGCCAGUGCAGACAAGAAAGAGGAUGCCAAGCGUCUUUUGGAAGCCCGCGAGCAAGAGCUUAUGCCCGUGUACCAGCAGAUUGCUGUCCAGUUUGCCGAUCUUCACGAUCGUGUUGGCCGUAUGUCUGCCAAGAACGUCAUUCGCCGCCCCAUCGAAUGGCGCCAUGCCCGUAAGUACUUCUUCUGGCGUGUCCGUCGUCGCCUCUUUGAGGAGUACGCCAUCCGCGAGAUUUCUGCUGCCACCAAGGGUAAGAUGGAGCGCAACAAGAUGUGCUCUCACCUUGAACAGUGGUUCUUGGCUGACACCAACAGCCUUGUUGAGGACUGGAAGAAUGGCGAUGAACAGGUCUCUGAGUGGUUCGAGAAGCGUGCCGAGCUUAUCAAGCAGCGCAUCAGCAAGCUUAGAUCCGAGGCUCUUAGAGAACACGUUGCAUCCCUGGGUGCUGUUGAUAAGGAAGCCGUUGUUGAUGGUUUUGGAAAGAUUUUGGAAAGCAUGUCUGCUGAGGAACGCAAGUCUGUUCUCCGGAAAUUGGAGUUCUUGAGCGGAUCCCUCUCACAGUAGAAAAGAAAAAAGAAUAAUAAUUCUACCUUUUUUAUAUAUAUAUUCCUUUUUGUAAUCUCUUUCUCUUUAUCAAUCCACCUUUUCUUUUAAUAUAUAUACAUUUUCAUCCUAGCAUAAACACAACAAAACGGACUAUCUUGGUGCUCUUUUGAAAAACAAGCACCAACAUUUCAUUCUUUUGACAAACAAAAGAAGUGGUAGAAAAGGCAGGAGAGGGGAAUCUUUAGGCGAGAGGUUGUAUUAUUUAAACUUGAGGCGAUAAAGUAGCAUGAAUAUCUAAUCAAUCAAUGCAAGAUUUUAAGAAAUAUAUUUUGUAUAGAAUGUC